AUGUUCCCUCCACUAAAACCCGCUCCCCCAGAAAUACCGCCUCCAGACGAUGGACUCGAUGAGGUGUUACUUAACUAUAACGAGUAUAACCCAUCGGGAAAGUCUACCGUGCUUCUGAUCCAUGGUGCUUGCACCUCAGGGCUGAAUUGGGAUCUUGUUGUGCCGCACCUUGCGGACACAUAUCACCUGCUCAUUCCCGAUCUUCCUGGCCAUGGCCAAUCACAAAACGUGACUCCAUUUUCUGCGGAAUAUUCAUCUCGUCUGCUAGAGAGAUUGAUCCGCAAGCACGCCCACAAUGGAAGCGCGCAUGUUGUCGGCCACAGCCUUGGCGCGAACGUUGCGAUCGAACUUAUAACAACCUACCCUCAAGUAGUCAACACUGCUUUUGUGUCAGGGUUUGCCAAAUACCCACAGACAAAAUUUACGCCGUUCUUUCCAUACGGUUUUUGGGCAGAUGGUCGACUUCAAAAACUUAUUCCCCGCCCUAUAGUAAAAUGGCUUAUGGACGGAACUGAUCUUGGCAAUUCGCCUCCAUGUUCGAUGCAAUUGUGCCGCCAAAUUGCUCCAGCAUUAGUUGGAACAUGGCCCUCUCCUUGGCCAGCACGAACUCUUAUUGUUGCCGCUGGAAAGAGUGGGAUUCUCCCAUCAAGUGAUCGUCUAGAGGAUGCGCGGAAACUUAUGGAGAUCGGGAAAGAGAAUAAUACACAGACUAUCGCGGUAACUCAUCCUCUUAUGAGGCAUCCUUGGAACAGGCAAGAUCCACCGUUGUUCGCUCAGACUGCUCGCGCUUGGUUCGAGGGAGAAAAGCUCCCUGAUGGGUUUCACAACGUUUAG